CAUUACAGGUUGGCUUAUCAUAAAUUGAGAACCUUUUAUACUACGGUAAGAACCUAACGAUUUUCCGUAGCUUGUAAAUGCGUUUUGUAGGCAGUCGUUGAGUAGCCGCAACGCAACGUGCGGUACAAAACCGUAUUCGUACGUAUUAACAUGGCGCGGUGCACAAGCAUGAAGCAUGCGCAGCACGAAGGUACGGUGGUACCUCCUCCUGCUCUCGGGAACCGCCCGUGCGGUGCUCUGUCACCUCACCGGACGCUCGUGGGUGCGGGGUGUCAUCGUGUCGUUGCACUGCCUGGAGGUCAGGGCGCGUCAAUGGCUACAUGUCAGCCGUUUGCCACGAGCCGUUGUGAGACAUCACAUGAGCCAGCACCUGCAUGCGCGCAUGGAGCAGAGUACUCACCUUCUGGCCCCAGCACUGGCAAGGCCCAAGCUCACCACCAAGGCCGACGAGCUCCCCGAAGCUGUCGUCGUCCAGGAUGCGGGUGCCGCCAUGGCCGGCUUCGUGGGCAUCCUCCGCCAGCUCGGGGACCUCGCACAGUACGUUGCUCCUGUCCUGUCCUGCUGGCUGCUACAAAUUCACCAGACUAGCCCCUGGAUCUGAUCUUCUUCAGGCUCGCCGCGGAGGGCGCGGCGGCUCCAGGCGGAGCCGCCGCUCAUCGAGGAGCGGCUCCGCCGUCGUCGAUUCCGACAGGCUUGUGUACUUCAUCGGCCAGAAGCUCUGUGUGGCAUCGCAGGCCACGGUGUCGAUCAGCCGGUGACUCUGGUGGGAGGAACAAGGCCGUGCUCCAUCGAAAAGUUCAUCCAGCGAUGCCACGGGCCUCCGCAGCUGUCCAUGCUGGACAAGUAACAACACUUCUAUACCAAAAAUCAAACAGCUUAAAAAGGAUUUAUUUUUCCUGGUUAAUUUUGGCUUGUUUUGGGUGCAGGUAUGAUGCUGGUGGCGAGGGAGCGUGCUUGAAGAGAUACACCGACCCCUCCUUCAGAGCCCACUCUGCACAGCAUCAGCGUAUCUUGCAUGAAACCAAACCAGACAUUCAGAGUUCAGACAUCCAUUCCAAACCUCCUGCCGAGGAAGCCCGCCAUAAAAAAUACUCCAAAUUCAAAACAGGCGCGUUGUCCGAUAUGCUCCGACAACUUAAAUAUCGACACAUCAUCGGAAGAAUCAGGCAUCAAAAGCAAAACUUUCAGAACCAGGAUUCGUCACAAGAUGAAGCAUCUGAAGCACCCGUUUGGCCUUCAGCUAAUUCGCCUGAAAUGUCAGACACCGAAGCGCCAUGCCCUGCAGUACCAGUGAACAAGGAGGGAAGCAGUUACCUCGUCGAGAGGACCAGCUCGUUCGGGGCAUGGCUGUCUCCAGGUGCAGCCUCUACUCGUGCGUGUGACAUCACAGAAGACAAUGCUGAUGGAUUUGACAGCCAUGGCGCCAACAAGGCUGACGAGAAUGCCAACAUUGCCACAAAUGCUCGUAGCGCCCUUGUCGACUUCAUUGCCUCGAGGGGUGAAAGCUCGCGGAGGAAGCUCUCUGUCAAGAAGCACGAUGACCCAUUAACGGAAUCCUUCCGGAACAUGGCUAAGAAGCUACUACUUGAGAAUGGAUCAACAGAGAAUCUUCUUAACAACAAACUAGUGCAUUCUGAAGACGUACCAGAUCCAGAUGAAAUUGCAUUUUACAGCAAAAGCGCCGAGGACACUCAACAAGACGCAGAGCAAUGUGACCAUCCUUGUGAAUAACCUUGUCGACCAGCUAGCAUCAAUGAAGCAAGUGCCAGUAUCACCGAUCGCAACCCGGAAAAGGAAUAAUCUGCAUAUGCUGGCUACCAAUACAUGG